UAGCACUCAGUGUAUGCUGAUGACAUUUCAAAGCAGCUCAUGUGAUAAGAUAACAGAAGGGCCAGAUUUGGGAGGGUCCUCCGAUCCUCUUGAGCAAGAAGAUGACUAUCACAACCAAAACAAGGAAGCUUUAUCUUAUGACAAAGAAGAAAAAAGUGAUAUGCAAAAGACAAACGAUGCAGUAGAAACUGUGGGACAUAUCACAAUAGACGACCAUAACAGAGAAGCAAGUACUGUGGCUGGAUCAGUUUCUGAAAAGGAUGAAGUUGACGGAAAAUUGAAAGAUUCUAUGAGGACAGACCAACAAGCCCAGGAUAAUAUGGCUUCACAGGAUAUCACAGAAUCUGAAUUCUUUGCUAAACACAAAACGGACUCUCUGGUUCCAUUGGACACUGGUCUUGUGGUAAACUCUAAAGCAGAGCAAGCUGUGGAUGUGGCUGAGGAAAUUGGAACUGAUCAAGAAAAAUUCAAACAAAGGAAGAGAAAGUUUGGCUCUAAUCGCCGGACUCUACACAAAGUUAAUCCAGAGAGAGGACAGGAAAACAAAGAUGAGUCCAAAAGGGUGGAAUUUAAAACUGAACCUGAAGUGAGAGAUUUUGAAAAAAAAGAAGUAAUGGAUGAAUUUCCAGCGCUUGCCACUGCAGACGUUUCAAUGAAUGAAAAAGGAAAACCAUCAUUGAGUUUGGUGUGCAUUCCACAAAGCAAAACUGAUGAAACAAGCAGUGUUCUUGACUUAGGACAAAUGCUGCAAAGCAGGUACUCUGACCCAAAAGCUUUAGAGAGCAGUACGAUACCAGACAAAAAUCUGUUGCUGUCUUCGAAUACUGAGGAAUGUACAAAUAUUGGUAUCACAGGAGGGAGCUUUGUGUCUUUAGAUGAGACCACACAAGGAUCACAAAAUGAUGAGGAAAGGCCGGAAAGUGCCAACGCUUUACAACAGCAAGCUUUGAAGUCAACAGAAAAGCAAGUUGUGGCUGUGGAAGAUUUGGAAAUAGUGAAAGCUGUUGUUAUUGGAGGUGAAGAAGAGCAAAACAAUGUCAAGCCCAGUAUGCAAGAGUCAAGCAAUGUGGAAGAAGGAGCGCAGAAAACAGAUCUCGAGAUGAAGAAUGCAAGCCCAAAUUUAAAUUCUACACAACCGAGACGAAAGCUGGGAUCCACCCGGAAGAAUCUCAGAUCAAAAACCAAAGAUGAAGAGUUACCUCAAAAGCAGGAGGUAGACGAUAAGGCAAUAGAGACCACAACAAAUGCAGAAGAUGUAAAGACCAAUUUUGUUUCAGGCAUCCAAGAAGAAGAGCUGAAACUCCCGGUAGAACAAGAGGACAUUGACUCUGUACAAAAGAAAGAUAGAGUAUUGGAAACAGUUGAGUACAGCCACACAGGUGAAUCUCACCUCACACCUAAGGCUCACCAAACAUCGGAGGAAAAUCCUGUUUCCGGUAGCGAAUCAGAGCAUCAACAAGCUCCGAAUUAUCACCUUCCAAUACCUUCCACCACUCCCAAAGAAGAUGUAAUGUCAGAAUCAGCAGCUGGUGGGAGGAAAAGAAAAAUGGGAUCGAACCGGAAGUCUCGUGGACAACAAAAGAAUAGAGAAGAAACUGCAAGAGAAGACCAUAUAAUCAAUAAAGAAAAUGGGAGCGAUGGUGGAAGUGUCACAGAUGAAAGUGCCGUUAAGACAGUUGAGGAAGAAUUGUUGGGCCUGCAUGAAACAUCUGGGAUUGAAAAAACGAACAAGAAAGAAUCACCAAACAGCAGAACAUCAAAAGCAGGAGGAGACACAAAGCCAGUGAGUGAGAAGAAACCUGAACAGCAGACUCCAGUUCAACGUCCCUCUGCUGAUAUCCGCCUUGGUCAGGAGGGUCACCAAACAUUCUCUCUGGCAGGUGAUAGCUCAGUUGACAGAUCAAACUCUUACAACGUGGUGAUGGUGGGAGACAGCAGUGUUGGCAAAACCUCAUUCAUGAAAAGAGCUCAAAGUGGGAAGUUCUCUCUAGAUAUACCUGCCUCCAUUGGAGUCGAUUGCUGCCUGUGGACUGUAGUGGUUGAUGGAAAACCUGUGGUGCUGCAGUUGUGGGAUACAGCAGGUCAAGAAAGGUUUCACAGCAUCACGAGACAGAUUUUCCACAAAGCCCAGGCCUUUCUUCUGAUGUACGACAUCUCUUCGGCUUACAGUUUUUCUGCAGUCAGCUACUGGGCGAGCUGUAUUCAGGAAGGGGCUCCAGAAAAUGUGACCGUUUUACUUGUUGGCAAUAAGAGUGAUCAUGCAGAACGUCGGGUUAAAACUCAGGAGGGGGAAACCCUCGCUAAGGAGUACAACUUUGAAUUCAUGGAGUGCAGCGCUGCCACGGGAGAAAAUGUGAUCGAGUCUUUGGAAACUAUGGCCAGGAUGUUGAGUCAAAAAAUUGGCACAAGAGAGGAAGCCACAUUGUCGUUUAAAGAGCCACAGAAGAAGAAAUCAUCAGGAUGUUGCUGAACAGUCUUUGCACAAAGUUUGCACAUCACAACAGAAGUGUGUAUAAAAAAAAAUUAAGCUGUUCCUUUAAUCUAUCCGUACAUAUUGUAUUCUGUCACAUAAGUGUUUAUGUUAAAGUUCCUUUUCACUAUUACCUUCAGCUUUAUAGGUGCUGGUGGAUUAUAAGAAAAGCUCAGGAAUUCUGCUAAGACUUACCGUACUGAGUCUUUGACAUAAACUUAGUAUCAGUAAUGGAUGUGUAUUGUUCCUCAAGGAGAGACGGGGAGGUGGGGGCAGAAAAACAACAAAGAGGACAUGGGAAAACGAUCACAACAGUUACAAAUCAAAACUAUUAAACCUGAACUGAGUCGGUAAAGUGAAAACAAAGCAGAUUUAAUAUGACGCUUGAAACAUGGACGAUUUAAACCAUUUAAUGUCUGCUAAUAAAGCUGCUGCAUGCUCAUUAGUUUGCUAACUAACAGUAGUGCUAACAAAAAUGUUUCCCACUCUGAUAUAGAAGGCCACAGAAGCCUCUACAAAUAAUAUGAAAAAUCUAAAUCUAAUGAUGCUGUAGUGUUGCUGCACACUUUCUUUCGAGGCCGGUCAAUGAAAACAGAUGCAAGUAAUAAUGAUUGUAAAAUAAUGUACUCUGUGUGAUCCAUACAAACAUAGAAUGUUUUUUUCUGUAUCAUGCUGCGCUGUGCUUAUAUCUUAAAUUAUAUUUAUUCUUGGGUAUGAAAGGCUUUCUCUUCUCUUAGAAAUAAACACAAUAAAUCAAUAUUUGUUUUUCUUCUCCGAGUUACAAGAAAGAUCAUUUACUGAUCUCACCCAAAAAAACUCAACACUUUGUUCAUUGGCACGGUCAGUUCAGAAAAGUUUCUCAAUUCUUUCAGUUAAAAAAGAUAAUCUGUCACUAUCUUCUUCUGAUCAUAUCCUGUCUGUUCAUCAUGGACACCCUAUUGCUGCAUCUUAGUUUUUACAUGUCGCUUGUGCAAUAUACAUCUUUGUGGCUGUUAGACAUUUUUGUACAUUCAAUUAGUGGAAGAUUAUUUGUUAUGUUGCUCAUCUGUUCUGAGUUAAUGUUUCUGGAACUUGUCCCGUUCUUAUUUGUCAAGCAGCUGGUUGGACACGAGCACAAAUAAAAUGAAUGCAUCUGUAAUAAGAGAGGCUUUAUAUUCUUGCAAACCUAUUUUUUUUUUUUUUUGACAGAGUUUCUGUUUUCUUCAGAACGCGUGUUACCAUUUACCCAACAUCAGGUCUCAUGCUUAAUAAAUCUGCAGAACAAUGCCUGUUAAUUUGUA